AUGGAUACAGGUAUGAAGGCGUGGUGUCAAAAUCAAGAACACUUUCUUCCCAGGAAACAAUCAAAGGACAACUUAGACAGAUUCAUACCCAACAGAUCCGCCAUGGAUUUUGACUAUGCUCACUACGUUCUUACAGAAGGAAGAAGACAAGUUAAAGAUGAGGUAACUUCACCAUCAAGAAAAGCCUACAUGGAGCAAUUAGCUGAGACGAUGAAUCUGAAUAAAACAAGGAUUCUUGCUUUUAGAAACAAACCUCAAGCUCUGCUUUCUAGUAAUAAUAGCUCUGUUUCUUAUCUUCUUCACCAAAACCCUAGAUCCGUAAAGCCUCGUAGAUACAUUCCUCAGACUUGUGAGAGAACCUUGGACGCACCUGACAUAGUUGAUGACUUCUACCUUAACUUGUUGGACUGGGGCAGUGCUAAUGUCCUUGCCAUAGCUUUGGGACACACUGUUUACUUGUGGGAUGCUUCCAAGGGCUCUACAUCUGAGCUUGUGACCGUUGAUGAAGAGACCGGACCUGUCACGAGUAUUAACUGGGCGCAAGAUGGCUAUAAUCUCGCAGUUGGUCUUGAAAACUCUGAAGUGCAGCUGUGGGAUUCUAAAUCCAAACGUAAACUGAGAACAUUCAAAGGUGGUCACCAGUCAGGAGUAGGAUCAUUGGCAUGGAACAAUCACAUCUUAACUACUGGAGGUAUGGAUGGACGGGUCAUCAACAAUGAUGUGAGGAUCAGAUCAUCCAUUGUGGCAACUUACGUGGGUCACACGCAAGAUGUUUGUGGUCUUAAGUGGUCAGGAUCAGGACAGCAACUAGCAAGUGGUGGUAACGACAAUGUGGUACACGUAUGGGAUCAUUCUGUGGUUUCCUCAAACUCAACUAGACAAUGGCUGCAUAGGUUUGAGGAACACACAUCUGCUGUGAAAGCUCUUGCGUGGUGCCCUUUCCAAUCGAGUUUGCUUGCAACUGGUGGUGGUGUAGGAGAUAUGAGUAUUAAGUUCUGGAACACACACACUGGUGCUUGCUUGAAUUCAGUAGGCACCGGCUCCCAAGUUUGUUCAUUGUUAUGGAGUCAAAAUGAAAGAGAGUUGCUUAGCUCACAUGGGUUUACACAGAAUCAGCUUACACUUUGGAAGUACCCAUCCAUGGUGAAAAUGGCUGAACUCACUGGUCAUACGUCACGAGUUCUGCAUAUGGCACAGAGUCCGGAUGGUUGUACAGUUGCUUCAGCAGCAGCAGACGAGACUCUUAGGCUUUGGAAUGUUUUUGGAGUACCAGGGACCGUCAAGAAAGCUGUUCCAAAGGUAGCUCCAGAGCCAUUUUCUAAUUUGAAUUGUAUUCGUUGA